UGGUCCUGCGGCCUGGGGCCUCCGUCGUUGCCCAACGGCGGCUGGGGGCGGGCCACGGCCGCGGAUUAAAGGCGGCGGGGAGCAGCCCGUGCGGAGACGGGCCCCAGCAGCCAGGAAGCCGGCGGUGCCCGCAGUUCACACCCCACUGUCCCCGUGGGAACCUCACCAUGUCCGAGGCCUCCCAGGCCGAGACCUUUGUCUUCCUGGACCUGGAAGCCACUGGGCUCCCCGAUGUGGACCCCGAAAUUGCCGAGAUCUCCCUCUUCGCCAUCCACCGCUCCUCCCUGAAGCACCCGGAGCGUGACGAGGCCGGCGUCCCCGUGCUGCCCCGCGUCCUGGACAAGCUCACGCUCUGCAUGAGCCCCACGCGCCCCUUCACGGCCAAGGCCAGCGAGAUCACGGGCCUGAGCGCCGAGGGCCUGGCGCAAUGCCGGAAGGCCGGCUUCGACGGCAAUGUGGCACGGACCCUGCGGGCCUUCCUGGGCCGCCAGGCGGGGCCCCUGUGCCUCGUGGCGCACAACGGCUUCGACUACGACUUCCCGCUGCUGCGCACGGAGCUGCAGCGCCAGGGCGCACACCUGCCCCCGGACACCGUCUGCCUGGACACACUGCCCGCGCUGCGCGGCCUGGACCGUGCCCACGGCCACGCCACCCGAGCCCAGGGCCGCCGCAGCUACAGCCUGGGCAGCCUCUUCCGCCGCUACUUCCAGGCCGAGCCCCGCGCUGCCCACUCGGCCGAGGGCGACGUGCACACGCUGCUCCUAGUCUUCCUGCACCGCGCCGCCGAGCUGCUGGCCUGGGCCGACGAGCAGGCCCGCCGCUGGGCACACAUCGCGCCCAUGUACAACCCGCCCGCGGCCCCCGGCCUCGAGGCCUGAGCCGCCACGGCCCGACGGGCGGGUGUCUGUGUGUCUGUGUGUGUGGGACGAGGGGCACCCCCACCCUCGCUGAACCCCAGCAGCUGCCACCCUUCACGCUAGCUGCCUUCGCCCUCCUGCUCCAGCCUAGAACCUUCUCCCUGCUGCCGCCCAGCCUCAAUAAACGUGGCCAUCCCUCCUUGUUGCUGGCCCCUCCUGGCUGGGCACCCCCGGCCCCCAGUCCUACCCCAAGAACCAAGGAGUGUGCCCUGGGCUCAGACCUGUGCCGGGGAGGGAGGCGGGAGGAGCUGCAGCCGCUGCACACCCAGGAAAGUUCCCAAGAGAGCUGAGCGGUGGCAGGGGCGCGGGCAGCCCGGGGCUGACCUAGGAAAGGGGUCCAUGCUUGCAGGGCUGGGGGGCUGGGCUUCUUGUCCCCAGCCUCUGGGAGUGGCUGGUAGGGGAAGACCUGGGUCACCCAACCAGGGGGCCUGGCGGGCCGGGCAGGGCCCUCCGGGAGACAGGAAA